AUGUAUACAGCAUCGGUUGCCUUCUUCGAGGCCCUCUGUCAGGCCGGUGUGACGCACUGCUUCGUCAAUUUGGGUUCCGAUCAUCCCGGCCUCAUGGAGGCGAUGGUGAACGGGCAGUGCACCGGCUCGUUCCCGCGCAUCAUCACUUGUCCCAGUGAGAUGGUUGCCAUGUCCAUGGCCGAUGGGUACGCUCGUCUCAGCGGAAAGCCGCAAUGCGUCAUCGUCCACGUUGAUGUCGGCACCCAGGCCCUCGGCGUCGCAGUGCACAAUGCCUCGAGCGGCAGAGCGCCGGUUCUCAUCUUCGCCGGAAUGUCGCCCUUUACGCAAGAGGGCGAGCUGCCUGGCUCUCGGACAGAGUUCAUUCACUGGCUGCAAGAUGUACCCGAUCAAAAGGCCAUCGUCGGCCAGUACUGCCGGUAUGCGGCCGAGAUCAAGACGGGCGUCAACAUCAAGCAGAUGAUCAACCGCGCUCUCCAAUUCGCCACCAGCUCCCCACAGGGACCCGUGUACCUAUGCAGUGCGCGGGAGGUGAUGGAAGCCGAAGUGAAGCCUUCCACGCUCCAUCAGCCUCACUGGGGUCCCGUUACCCUGGGGGGGUUGCCGUCAAAGGACGCCAAUCGCAUCGCCGAAGCACUCGCAGUCGCCGCGAAGCCGCUCCUGAUUACCGGAUAUUCCGGACGAAACCAUAGGAUCCCGGCGGCAUUGGUUGAGCUGGCCGACGCCAUCAAGAGCCUGCGAGUGCUCGAUGCCGCCGGGAGCGACAUGUGCUUUCCUGCCGACCAUCCGGCCUGGCUGGGGACGAAGCAAGGGGUUGAUGCUUCCGUUCCAGAUGCGGAUCUCAUCCUCGUGCUCGACUGCGACGUGCCUUGGAUCCCAACUCGAUGCAAGCCCAUAGACGAAGCCCGUAUAUUCCACAUAGACGUUGAUCCCCUCAAGGAGCGGAUGCCCCUCUUCUACAUCGAAUCCGAGGCACGGUACAAGGCGGAUGCACUGACGGCCAUGCGGCAGAUUCUCGACUGCCUCAAAGAGAGCCACGCAGCCAGCAUUCUUGCGGCAAGGGCAAAGGACCAGGCGGCGGCGGAACAAGCUCGUCUGCAGUCGUACGCGGCUAGACUGGAGAAGAUAGCCCAGGCAGCGGAGCCUCGUGCGGAUGGACGAUUCGGCACCGGUCAUCUCAGCAGGGUUCUCCGUUCGGUUUGUCCCCAAGACACAAUCUGGGUAGUCGAGGCCGUGACCAACACGGGCUUCAUCCAUGACAACGUCAGGCCAACACAGCCAGGUUCGUGGAUCAACUGCGGCGGCGGCGGCCUCGGCUGGUCGGGCGGUGGUGCUUUGGGCAUCAAGCUGGCGACCGACGCCGAGGGCCGAGGACGGUUUGUCUGCCAGAUUGUGGGUGACGGUACCUAUAUGUUCUCGAUCCCGGGGAGCGUAUACUGGAUCUCGAAGCGCUACAGCAUCCCCAUCUUGACCGUGGUGCUGAACAAUGACGGUUGGAACGCGCCGAGGAAUUCAUACAGGCUGGUACAUCCCGACGGGGAAGCCUUGAACGCAACAAACGAAGAACUGAACAUCUCAUUCAAGCCAUGCCCGGAUUACGCGGGCAUUGCCGCCGCGGCUGGUGCUGGCGAUGUCCAUGCCAUGACCGUAACCAAGGCAGAGAAGCUUGAGCUCGUCCUGAGGGAUGCCGUCGCCAAUGUGCUAGCUGGGAAGACGGCCGUCGUGGAUUGCCAUGUGGCUUUGGGCUGUUGA